AUGGAGUCCAGGAACAUAGCUUUAGGAGUAGUGCUCUCACUUCAAAGCAUACUUGGAAUUUUGGGAAACUUCUCUCUUCUGCUGUACUAUCUACUCUUAUAUUACAACGAAGGCACAUUAAAGACCAUUGAUUUUAUUCUUACACAUAUAUUUAUAGCCAAUUCCUUGAUUAUUCUUUCCAAAGGAAUGUUGCAGGUAACAGGUGCUUUUGAAUGGAAUCAGUUCUUCAAUGAUUUUGGAUGCAAACUUAUUUUAUAUAUUCUCAGACUUGGCAGAAGCAUGUCCAUCACCACCACAUGUCUCUUGAGUGUCUUCCAAGCCAUCACCAUCAGCCCUAGGAAAUCCUGUUGGAAGGAUCUCAUGGUCAAAAACCCAAGGUUCACGGGCUUCUCCAUUCCCCUCUGCUGGAUACUAUACAUGAUUAUGAACUUGAUUUUCCCUGUGUAUACAUCCACAAGGAGGAAUAGCAAAAAUAUGACACAAAAAAGAAGUUUUGAAUUCUGUUACUCCUCCCUGAACCAUGAUACUAUAGUAGAAUCACUGUACAUGGUAUUUUGGGUGUUACCUGAGGUCUUGUUUUCGGUGCUCCUGGUCAGUUCCAGCAGCUUCAUGAUUAUUGUACUGUAUGGACACAAGAAGCGGGUUCAACAUAUCCACAGUUCUCAUUCUUCCCACAGAACGUCCCCUGAGUCCAAGGCCACCCAGAACAUUCUAGCCCUGGUGUGCACAUUUCUGACUUUUUACUCACUCUCUUCCAUCUUACAAGGCUGCAUUGCUCUUUCACACAAUCCUAGUUGGUGGCUAAUAAAUACCACAGCCAUCAUUUCUGUGUUUUCCUACUCUAGGUCCCUUUGUCAUGAACCAUGA